CCUACAAUCUCUGUUGGAUGAUUACUUCUUGUAAUUGCACUUGUUCGGACUGUCUGUGUUUCGGUCUUGCUUCCACUACGAUGGAUUACAUGUUUAUAUGGACUAAAAUUCUGUUCAUCUACUGCUGUUUUCUGACAGUACAUUGUGAACAACCCAAUUGUACAUCUGUGACUGACUUUUAUGAUUGUCCUGGGAAUAUAAGAGAUUUCUGUCCAAAGAAUAUUGUUUGCGCAUGCAAAGAUGGAAAGCCUUUUUGCAAAUGUCCAUAUUUCAAGGGUCAAUGGGGAGAUUAUUGGUAUAUGGGAGCCAAAUGUGACCAACUCUGGAGUACUCUGGACUUGAUUUUAGUAGCAACAUUGCCUGGAAUAGGACUGGCUUUAAUAGUUGGUGUAACAAUCCAGACUGUUCACUACUGUAAAAAGAAGUCAAAGAAGAAUAUAAAUGAUGACGGAGAACAAAGGAAUUCAUCAGGAUUGCAACCUCAGCAUAAUUAUGCCUAUGCUUUUGAUACGGCUAUGAAUUGUUCUCAACCUAAUCAAGGCCAGAAUCCGAGGACCCUAUCCCUUCAGAAUGUCCAUCAUGAUAGUCCUUCAUCUCCACCAACACAAUUCUCUGAAAGAAAUUACAACUUUAUGUUUCACAAACCCAAAGAAGAUAUUCCUUAUAACCACGCAUCUUAUAAUUGGAAUGGCUCUCUGGAAACAGCUAGACCUGAAGCUAAUUAUGGAAACAAGUAUUCUUCAACCUUGCACAUGAAGCCACUCUUUAAUUUUUCCACACAAGGAGUUCCAAAGUCAAACUAUAUCCAAACAGAGAGACCAAUUGGAUACUCAAGUUCUGAAGAGCAAGAAAUGCCUUAUAGGAUGAAUCGUGUGCAGAUGAAAUUCAACUAUUAAAAGUUUCCUGCAUUCAA